AAUUUUUAACUCAAAAUUUUGGGAUUUUGAAUGGCAAGAAAUGGGCACUUACGACUUGCCCGCUUCCAUCGACUAUGUGCUGGAAAAAACAGGACAGGAAAAGAUAUUCUACAUAGGCCAUUCCAUGGGGACUACUCUCUUCUGGAUUAUGUUAUCUAGAAAACCAGACUACAAUAGUAAAUUUCGUGCGAUGUUUGCUAUGGGGCCUGCGGCAUAUUUAGGCCAUUUACCCAAUCCACUAUUACGAGCGCUAACCUACGCUCACAGACCAAUCGAGUUUAUUACCGAUUUGGUGGGUUAUGAUGAAGUCCUACCAAGUAAUAAGCUAAUGAAAUGGCUUGGCCAGACUUUCUGUCGAGACGGAGUUCCAUCACAAGUUGUAUGCAAAAAUAUUGUUUUCUUCAUUGCUGGUUACGAUCCUGAAGAACUGAAUUCAACGAUGCUGCCAGUGAUAGCGAGCCACAUGCCUGCCGGCACAAACAUGAAAACUCUGGAGCACUUCGGGCAAGCAGUAGUCUCAAAUACGUUUCAACAAUUUGACUAUUUUCUGAGUAACAGUUUCCACUAUGGUUCGCAGUCGCCACCCAAAUACAACUUGAGUAAAACGACUGUUCCGGUGUCAUUUCACUUCAGUGUAGGUGACAAGCUGGUUGCACCUGAGGACGUCUUCCAUACGUAUAAAGAAAUCAGAAAUCCUAUCGGCAUAUUCCAAGUACCGAAGGCAACUUUUAAUCAUCUGGACUUUUUAUGGGGCAUCCAUGCUAAAGAAUUGGUAUACGACCAUGUAAUGAACUUGAUGUUACGCUACUGAAGAUAUC